AAACCUACCAGAAUCCAGAACUUGACCCAGUGGCCUCAGAAGAGCAGGUGCUUGAAGUUAAGGGUUAUCUUUCCAAUGUUGCUGGCAUUAGUGAAGUGCUCGCUCGGCGGCAUAUGAAAGUGGCCUUUUUUGGAAGGACCAGUAAUGGAAAAAGCACUGUGAUAAAUGCUAUGUUAUGGGACAAAGUGCUUCCGUCCGGCAUUGGACACACCACCAACUGCUUCCUGCGUGUGGAAGGGACAGAUGGCAAUGAGUCCUAUCUGCUGACGGAUGGCUCAGAGGAGAAGAGGAGCGUUAAGACUGUCAACCAGCUCGCUCACGCAUUGCAUCAGGAUGACCUGCUGGAUUCUGGUUCUCUGGUCAGUGUCAUGUGGCCUAAUUCUAAGUGUUCCCUGCUUAAGGAUGACCUUGUAUUGAUGGACAGACCCGGUGUGCCGUUCACUACAGAGUUGGACAGCUGGAUUGAUAAAUUCUGCCUUGAUGCAGAUGUUGUGUUGGUAGCCAACUCUGAGUCUACACUUAUGCAGACGGUGAAGCAGUUUUUCACAAAGUGAAUGAUCGUCCUGUCCUGUCCAAAUAUAUUUAACUUGAAUAACCGAUGGGACGCGUCUGCUUCAGAACCGGAAUAUAUGGACGAGGUGCGUCGGCAGCAUAUGGAACGCUGCACCAGUUUUUUGGUGGAUGAGCUGGGAGUGCUGGACCGGACUCAGGCAGGUGAUCGCAUAUUCUUUGUUUCUGCAAAAGAAGUUUUGAAUGCGAGGAUCCAGAAAGCUCAAGGGAUGCCAGAAGGAGGUGGGGCUUUGGCCGAGGGAUUUCAAGUGAGGAUGUUUGAGUUCCAGAAUUUUGAGAGAAGAUUUGAAGAGUGUAUCUCUCAAUCUGCUGUGAAAACCAAGUUUGAGCAGCACACUAUGCGAGCGAAACAUAUUGCUGAGGUUCUGCGUCAUAUAAUGGAAUCUGUGCACGUUGCUGCGCAGGAGCAGAGAGUUUACUGUUUGGAAAAACGCGAGGAGCUCAGAGAUCGCCUGGAAUUCAUUGAGAAACAACUCGAGUUGCUGACAGAAGAUUACAGACUGAAAAUAAAGCAGAUCACGGAUGAGGUGGAACGACAGGUCUCUAAUGCUAUGGCUGAGGAGAUCCGCCGUCUUUCUGUCCUGGUAGAUGAAUAUCAGAUGGAUUUCCACCCCUCACCAGUUGUUAUCAAAGUUUACAAAAAUGAGCUUCAUCGGCACAUAGAGGAAGGUCUUGGAAGGAACUUGUCAGAUCGCUGCUCCACUGCAAUUUCUGCCUCUCUGCAAACCACACAGCAGGAGAUGAUUGAAGGGCUAAUGCCCCUCCUUCCCCUCUCUGUGCGCAAUCAAAUCGACUUGCUGGUCCCACGUCAGUGCUUUAACCUGAGCUACGAUCUGAGCUGUGACAAACUGUGCGCUGAUUUUCAGGAAGAUGUUGCGUUCCACUUCUCGCUUGGAUGGACAAUGCUCGUGAAUAGAUUCUUAGGACCUAAAAAUGGACGUAGAGCAUUGUCGUACAGUGAUCAGGUCCCUCGCACAAUGCCUUUGACACCAGUAAACCCUUCUAUGCCACCGAUGCCACAGGGCUCUUUGACCCAGGAAGAACUCAUGGUUUCCAUGGUAACUGGAUUGGCCUCUUUGACCUCUAGAACCUCCAUGGGAAUACUAGUCGUGGGAGGAGUGGUGUGGAAGGCUGUAGGAUGGCGUCUCAUCGCUUUGUCAUUUGGACUCUAUGGACUUCUCUAUGUGUAUGAGCGUCUCACUUGGACUACGAAAGCAAAGGAAAGGACUUUCAAACGUCAGUUUGUGGAAUAUGCAGCUGAGAAACUACAGCUUAUAGUCAGCUACACAGGCUCCAACUGCAGCCACCAAGUGCAGCAGGAACUAUCUGGGACAUUCGCUCACUUGUGCCAACAGGUAGAUAUAACGCGGGAAAACUUGGAACAGGAGAUCACAGCUCUGAAUAAGAAGAUUGAAAUCCUAGACAAUCUGCAGAGCAAAGCCAAACUAUUAAGGAACAAAGCCGGCUGGUUGGACAGUGAACUGAACAUGUUCACUCACCAGUAUUUGCAACAGAGCUGACGUCCUAACAUUUAGGAUAGCACAGAAGAUACAACCAUUUCUGUCACAUUCUCUAAUACUUUCCAAACCACUAUAAAUUACAUUACUAUGUAUAGAUCUGAGGACUGAAUGCAUUUAUAGGGGAAAGGAUCCAGUGAAUGCUGUGACUGCUUUUUUCUUUUAAUUCUGUCCUAUGCACUAUCAGCCUUAUACCAUUAUUAGCCAAUAAUAUUUAUUCAGUAAAAGCGUAUAACUUGGCCCUGAGAUUUCAAUACAAUUUUUGAGAUGUUUAUUGCAAA